CCACAACAUCUCUCUCUUUAGGGUUUUAAAAGUUUAUCAUCUCUCUCUCUUUCUCAGACAAAACAUCAAUCGGAUGAAACUCACUUAAACAACAACUUUUUGAUUAUAAUCCAAUGGCUGUGUAUUACCCAAAUAGUGUCGGCAUGCAAUCUCUCUAUCAAGAAUCCAUUUACCUCAACGAACAACAACAACAACAACAACAACAAGCUUCUUCUUCCUCUGCUGCAUCUUUCUCCGAGAUUGUCUCCGGCGAUGUUCGAAACAACGAGAUGGUAUUUAUCCCACCAACAAGCGACGUUGCCGUCAACGGAAACGUUACGGUGUCAAGUAACGAUCUAAGCUUUCACGGUGGUGGUCUUUCUUUAAGCCUUGGUAAUCAGAUCCAAUCAGCUGUCUCUGUUUCUCCGUUUCAGUAUCAUUACCAGAAUCUUUCAAACCAAUUGAGUUACAAUAAUCUUAAUCCUUCCACUAUGUCUGAUGAGAAUGGGAAGAGCUUGAGUGGUCAUCAUCAACAACAUCAUCACUCUGAUCAAAUUUUACCUUCCUCUGGUUACAACAACAAUGGUAAUGGUGUUGGUUUCUACAACAAUUACCGUUACGAGACAUCAGGGUUUGUGAGUAGUGUUCUGAGAUCUCGUUACCUUAAACCAACACAGCAAUUGCUUGAUGAAGUUGUUAGUGUAAGGAAAUAUUUGAAAUUGGGGAAUAAGAAGAUGAAGAACGAUAAAGGUCAAGACUUUCAAAAUGGGUCUAGUGAUAACAUUACAGAAGAUGAUAAAUCGCAGGAGUUAUCUCCUUCUGAACGUCAGGAGCUACAGAGCAAGAAGAGCAAGCUUUUGACAAUGGUGGAUGAGGUAGAUAAAAGGUAUAACCAAUACCACCAUCAAAUGGAAGCUUUAGCUUCGUCUUUCGAGAUGGUAACAGGUCUUGGAGCAGCUAAGCCUUACACAUCGGUCGCUCUGAAUAGAAUCUCUCGCCAUUUCCGCUGCUUGCGUGAUGCGAUAAAAGAACAGAUUCAGGUAAUCAGAGGGAAGCUUGGGGAGAGAGAGACUUCUGAUGAACAAGGAGAGAGGAUACCGCGUCUUAGGUAUUUAGAUCAACGGUUGAGACAACAGAGAGCUUUGCAUCAACAGCUUGGAAUGGUUAGACCAGCUUGGAGACCACAAAGAGGCUUACCUGAAAACUCUGUCUCUAUACUCCGAGCUUGGCUCUUUGAGCACUUCCUUCAUCCAUAUCCUAAAGAAUCAGAGAAAAUCAUGCUUUCGAAGCAGACAGGACUAUCGAAAAACCAGGUUGCAAACUGGUUUAUUAACGCGAGAGUUCGACUAUGGAAACCGAUGAUCGAAGAGAUGUAUAAAGAAGAGUUUGGAGACUCAGCAGAGUUACUCUCUAACUCUAAUCAAGACACCAACAAAAUGCAGGAAACAUCUCAGCUCAAACACGAAGACUCUUCGUCUUCGCAACAACAGAAUCAGGGAAACAACAACAACAUCCCAUAUACAUCUGAUGCAGAAGAAAACCUCGUCUUCGCAGAUCCCAAACCAGACCGUGCUACUACUGGAGAUUACGACAGCUUGAUGAACUAUCACGGGUUUGGUAUCGAUGAUUACAAUCGAUACGUUGGCCUUGGAAACCAACAGGAUGGCAGAUAUUCUAAUCCCCAUCAAUUACACGACUUUGUUGUCUAAAGGUUUCUGAGCUUUUCACAAGCUUAAGAACUGGCAAUGCCAGUUGAUUGGGGAGUAUGAUUCUUGAAGCGCAAGAAAAUGCGCUCUUGGCA